AUGGCCAGAUGUGACCUCAGCAGCAGCGGGCAGGGCGCGGCGGGCACUGCCCAGGCGGCCGGGCUGGGGCACCUCGGCCCAGCCAGCCGUCCCGCUCUCCGAAGCGGGCGGGAGGGAUGCGGGCGAGCAGCCACCUCUCUCCCUCCCGCGUCUGGCAGGUGCUGGGAUGACUCAGACGCUUUGUCCUGGGCUCACCGACGACAGCGGCGGGAACGGGCUGGGUGGCUGCGCCCCGCGCCCGGUGCCACGGACGGGGCGCGUGGGGCGGGAGGCUUCCGCUGCCCCCUCGGAGCCCGAUGUCUGUGCUCACAGAUACUGUGCGCACUGAGACGGGACACACAGCAGAGGACGGCGGGAGAGCUCGCUCCCCAGGAGGCAGAGGGAGGGCCGUGGGCAGCCCUUCCUUUCUCCACCGCCUUCCUCCGCCCGGCUCAUCGGCCCCCCGUCCGCCUCCUGGGACGCCGGGCAGGGAUCCUGUCCACUGGCCUCAGGGAAAGUGAAAACCCAAAGGAUGUCGACGCUCACCACCGAGCCACCCGGCCGGGGUUUAACCACGCGGCCGGUCAGACGGACAGAGGGCGGUGUGCGGAGAGGAGCCCACGCCGGGAGGAGCCGCCAUCGCAUGCUGCUUGGGCAGGAGGCCUCCCGGCACCCUGUCCUCUCCCGGACACAGCUCAGCUGCCGGCACGCUCCUUACCACGUUCCCGAGCCGGGGAGGGCGGGGGCGGCACUUCCCAGAAGCCGCGGCUGAGAAACGCCUCCCCAAACCGGGAUCAACAGCCCGCGCCAGCGCGGCCCAGCGGGCUCCCGGGGGAGCGGUGUUUACCCGCAGCCCUGGGCCCGGCCAGCAAUCCUGCCCGCAGCCCCAGAGGGGCCCUUCCCAGGACGCCCGCCUCGCCCGGAGGGAGCUGGCCCUGCGAUCGGGGAGGCGGCCAGGCAUCGUCCACGGGCGUCCGCCUCCUCCCGGGGAGCGGCCGCGGCCGUGGCACCGCCGAGUGGCCUGUGACAGACCGGCCGGAAGGGUGUGGCUGCACCAACCAGACAGGGAGCUCCCUGCCCGCCUGGGCCCGAGCGCAGCAGCUGCUCAGUCAGUCUGCGGGCAGCUGCGUGCUCACCGCCCGUGUCCCGAGGGGCGUGCCGUCCUGUUUGCACGGCGGGGCUCCCUCCAGGCUGCAGAGAUGUCGGCGGCUUCGGCGAGUCCCCCGCGGGAGCAGCUGGCGUGGGCGUGGGGAAGCGCCGGGGCCACGGGCCCCUCCCUCACAGGGAGGCCUGGCGCUCGCGGACGUCAGAGCGGAGUCAGGUGGCCCCAGAACAGUCUCCCUGCCGCCUCCCCGGUGACACCGACAGGAAUGCCCUCCGGAGCCCGCAGGGCGGAGGGCCGGCUGCCCUUCUGGAGCCCUCCACCCCAGCCACGAGGCUGUGGGCGCCCGGGCCUGUGGGUCCAUGGACUUCAGAACCAGGCACCGGCCCCACCCCUUCUCAGACGCAGGCGCUCCGUUCUCCUCUGGAACCGGCCAGGCGUCAGCGAGCACAGCUCGUGGCCGGGGUUACUGUGUUCAUAAGGCCUUUCUCUUUGACAGGAAAAACCCACCCCCCAAAACGCCUCCCGCCCCGGCCUCCCGCCAAACCCGCUGGAAGACAGUGCAGGGGCAGUGGGCCCGUCGCUCGCUCAGCACCAGCGGUUUCACUGCCUCAACCCUCUUCCCCCAAAGCCGGUCUGUGUAGGUCGGGCCGAACCCAGAUCCUGUUGGAUCGCAGGAAAGUGUGGGUCCCCAAGGACCCCGAUCGCAGCAGUGAAGGCCAGUGAGCCGGCCUGACUGUGACCCCUGGAAUCCCCCUAAAGCGCUCUCCCGGGGGCACAGGCUCCCCGAGAAAAACAUCCAGCGCGAUGACGUCGCCUUUGCUGCUGGAGCAGCUGGGCAGUGAGGGACAGGGCCGGCCCCCGCAGAGCGCGUCUGAAGGCUGAACCUUCCUCAGCACAGCUGCAGGCGCUAGUGAGCGUCCAACAGGGACAGCGAGCCAGCCCGGGCGGACAGGGGGACUGAGGGCUCCUGGGAGGCACUUAUCUGGCUCUGAGUGACCAGCUUGCCCUGGCUGGUGUGGCUCAGUGGUAGAGCAUCGGCCCACACACUGAAGGCCAGCGGUUCGAUUCCCUAUCAAGGGCAGAACCGCUCAUACCUGGGUUGCAGGUUCGUUCUGCCAGCAUUCGAGAGGCAACUAAGCGGUGUUUCU